AUGGCCGAGGCCAUUGACGACGAUACUAUUGCAGUCAGUGUAUCGCAUGUCUCUCAGGAGUCGGGAUUCAGACACGAUCUACGUGCCUUGGCGGAAAUAGUCCAUUCACACGGGGCCGUCCUAUCUGUCGACGCUAUGCAGUCUGCGGGAGCCCUGAACUUCGAUGUUCACGAGGAAGGAAUCGACUUCCUUUCUACAGGCGCCAUGAAAUGGCUGCUUGGUUCAGCUGGCGUCGGGUUCUUUUAUGCUCACAGAAGCCAACUGGACAAGAUGCCGCCACACGCUGGAGGCCCGGGGCUCAGUCGGACUGCCAGGCCCUGGGGACAACGAGAGUUUGUUCCUCUGCCUGGGGCGGACAGGUUCCACGUUGGUAUGCCUAACCUGAUUGGUUUGGCGGCCACUCGGCCCGGUUUGGAGAUUCUUCAUGAUGUUGGGAUGGACGUGGUCGAGGCGCAUGUGCUGGACUUGUCAGGCUACUGCAUAACGCAGCUCCUUGAACGGGAUCUCACGUGA